CUUGUAAUUUAAAAGGAAUUUUCAGUUCAGUUCUGAAUUAUCCAGUUUUUGUCUUCACCUUAAGUUCACUUUUUAAGUAAAUGAUCAAGUGCAACUGAAACUUAGUUAAUCAUUAGGAAUGCAGACCUAGCCUACUGAAAGGUGUGGUUAGAAGGAGCUUGAAAAGGAAAAGAGGUUAGACAGAGCCAUACGUCACUAUCUGUGAGAAAGAGAGAAGAAACAAAAACAGCAAGUCAUGGACACACCAAGAGAACCACAGGACAUGGAAGAAGAGUCGGUCACAGACACUGAGUCUGAAUCAGAAUCAGCAGUUACAUUGAGCAGCACAGGAUCUGAGAGUCUGAGUGAGAACGACACAGAAAAAAGAUGGAAAAAACAGGGAAAAAAAACAAAGAAAAAACAAAGCUGUAAGCAGCCAGGUCCGUCCACUCUCUAUACACCUAGCAAGAAGCGACGAGCCAAAGAAUCCAGCCAGUAUUUGAGUCAAAACCAAUCUGAACUUGUUGUCACAUGUGGGGAUAAAGAAGGUGUCCUGUAUGUGGAGAAAUUUAAUGACAGUACAGGUGCAGUUGAGAAAUGCAUCUUCAGUGAAGACCAGUGGUUCAAGCCAACUGAAUUUGAGAGGUUUGGAGGAAAAGAGAGGAACAAAAAGUGGAAGAUUAGCAUCUGUUGUGAUGGUAUUUCACUCCAGAAACUCAUAGAGAAUGGACGUCUUUCAUCCAUUAAGAAAAGGAGGGUUCAGACUGAACAGGAACAUUCUCCUGGAUCCUCACCCCUUUCUGGCCGGCUCAGAAGAAGACAGUGUAGGAGACAGGUGAUCUUCUCCAGCUCAGAUUCAGAUGGGAGAGAUGAAGACGACGACGAUGAUGAUGAUGACGACGAUGAUGACGACAACGACGACGACAAUGACAACGAAGAAGACGACGACAACGAUGGCGAUGACAAUGAUGAUGACGAUGACGACGACAACGACGACGACAACAAUGACGGCGACGACAACGACGAUGAUGAUGACGAUGACGACAAUGAUAAUGGUGCUGACGAAUUGAACCAGUUUAGUCUUGAGUUUUCGGUAAUAUUGGACAGUUCUUCAGAUGAGUCCAUAUCUGUUGCUGAAAGAGACAAACUGAACAGGGGAGAAUCUGUGAAUUCAACUGAAGCUGUCAGUAAACAGAUCACAGAACCAGUAGGAUCUACUGCCAGUGACAGAGAUUCACCUGCACGUCCUGUUGAUGCUUCAGAACCUGGAGUCUCUCCUGUCAUAGAGGAGGCCGUCCAAACCACAGAUGACCCAACGGGAGCAGCACAGCUCAGCUUCAGCGCUUCCCCUGAAAGGCAGAACCCUGUUGUUUCUGAAGAGACUCAGGAAACAAGGCAGCUGCAAUUAUAUGAAUUUCUGGCAAAACAGUUUAAUACCAUCAAUAACACACUGCAAUCAAUUGAUUUGUCUUUAAAGAAGCUGGUGGAAAAGCAGUCACAUGACACACUGUCACAAUAUAUCCGUAUAACUCCUGGUGAAAAUUCUAAGAUUCUUGCCUUAGUCAAGCAGGAGUCACUGAAUUUGAAAUUGUCUGUGUGUAAGAAAGAGAGGAAACUAGAAAAACGGCAAAUCGAGGACACAGCAAGUGUGUUUCAGAAAACACAGAACAUGGAAAGCAACUCAGUCAUAGACUUAACGUCUGAGUCUGAGUCUGAAUCUGAAUCUGAAUGCAAAUGGGAUCCGGAGAGAAGCACAGGAUCUGACAGUCCAAGUGAUAAUGACAGAGAAAAGAAAGGAAAACAAGAGAAGAAAAGGAAGAUGAGGAAACGAAGCUGUAAACAGACAGGGCCGCACUCCCUCAGUACACCCAACAAGAAGAGGCCAGCCACAGACACCAGCCAGUAUUUGAGUCAAAAAUAUGAAAACAAACUUCCUGUUACAUGUGGGGAUAAAAAAGGUGUCCUCUAUGUGGAGAAAUAUAAUUACAAGCAGAAGUGCAUUUUAAGUGAAGGCCAGUGGUUCAAGCCCAAUGAGUUUGAGCAGUUUGGAGGAAAGGAAAGGUGCAAAAAUUCGACAAAAAGCAUCUUUUGCGACGGUAUUCAGCUCCGGAAACUCAUAGACGAUAGAGUUCUUUUACCCUUUAAGAAAAGACUGGUUCAGAAUGAACAGAUUGACUCUCCUGAAUCCUCACCUGUUUCUGGCAGGCUCAGAAAAACAAAGAGCAUGGAACAGCUACACCCCUCCACCUCUGAAUCAAAUGAUAUGGACAAUGGUGACGAUGGCAAUGAUGUUGAUGACGAUGACGGUGAUGAUGAUGUUGACAUGACUGUGUUUGAAGGUCCAACCCUACCUGUUACCUGCGGCUCUAAGUCUGGCAUCCUACACAAAUGUCGCUUUGCUAAAGGGCAUUGUGGGAGAUGCAUAAGGACAGAAGACUCCUGGCUGAGCCCUGAGGAUUUCAUCAAACUGAACAAACCAAAUGGAACAUGGAGGAAAGACAUUGUGACCAAUGAGAUACCUUUAGGAAAACUUAUAAUGAAAAGAGUUUUGGAACCGCAUAUGAUAAACUGUUACUGUGAGAUUUGUGAAGAAGAAGAUCAAUAUCAAAAUGAUGACGUGUGUUUCGUGUGUAACUCUGAGGGGGAUCUUGUGUGUUGUGACGAAUGUCCACGAGCUUUUCAUUCACACUGUCAUCUACCAGCUGCAGACGGAGACUCACUUGGCAAGUGGAGCUGCACAUUCUGUGUGAUGAAGAAUAUGAAAGAUUCCAGUCAAAAGACCCAACAGGAAGUUUUGAGCAGUCCAGUCUCUCAGUACACACUGCACUGUCAGUACCUGCUGUUACACCUGCUACAUGAGAGCAUGACUGAGCCCUGCACUAAUGUUUCAGGAUACAGUAAGAAUAUUUGUAGUCCCAUGAUGCUGGGCAGAGUGAAGCUGAACCUGGAGAAUAAUGAUUAUCAAACAGUGCAAGAGUUUGUCUCCGAUAUUGAACAGAUUUUCAACAACUGCUGCACCUCCAACGGAGAUAAUGACUCCAGUAGAAUGACCUCUAGGCUGAAGGAAGCAUUCAAGAAGGAGUUUGAAACUGUCUUUAAGCUCCUAUAACAUCAUGCUGUGGGGUGAUUAUGCCAGUAUGUCAAUACAAAAGUUACAAUUAGUUUUUUUAUAUUUAAAGAGGACAUUCAUUUUAAUAACUGAGAGUUGAUGAUUUGAAUGACAGCAACCAUGGUCAACCAUGGUUAGCCUGUCCGUGUCAAUGUACCUUAAAGGGGAAAAGUGUCAUUUUUUGUGCCCUUAACACAAAGUGGGUUUCCUAAACAUGUCUUCUAUUGUUCAUCUUCCAUUGUGUUAUGGGAGCCCUGCUCCAAACUCACAGUAUUGGUUGAAGUUUAAGAUCUGAAUCUUAAUGAACAUGUUUACAAUUCUUCUUUUUUUUUUUUUUUUUUUUUUUUUCUUUUUUUUUUACACAUUGUUUAAAAAUAACAUUUAUUAUUCUGCAGAUUUUUUUUAUAUAACUGAUACCAUUAUGUAAAAAAAAUGUGGAAAUAAAUAUUUGAAAAUAUUUUUUACAUUUAGAAAUUCUUCAAAAACAUUUUGUGUAAAUAUUGUAAAGUAUAAUAAUAAUAGUCUUUAAGUGCUCACAAUGAUGACAGGUGAGAACAAAUAACAUAUUGUGUAUGUUAAUUAAAAUACCACUCACAAUGAAAUGUUUGGGUAAGCAAAAUAUUAUCUCCUUUUAUUGAAUAUUUCUCUUUCCAUUGUUUUAUGCCAAAAUAAACAGUCCAAGAAGCAAAUAUUGCUUCAGUUUUAAAUGUACUAAAUUGCAAUUAUAAAUGUGUAUAAACUCCCAUUACAGUGGAAGUAUAUAAUCUAUGCUCAUAGCCUUUAAAACUGUAUAUAUAAAUAUUAUGUAUAUAUAAAUAUCCAAAUAUGAAGUGAACAGUAAUUGCGAAAGUGGAAUUAUGAAAGAAGUGAUGUUAUGAAAUGAUGAAUCGAUCAAGUUUAACUGUCAUGAGAGUUAAACCAUUCAGAAUUAAAAGUCUUGCUCUUCAAACCAGGACUUUUCUAUGAUUAGAUUCCACUGCCAGUAUAGGGUUGUUUGUUUGAAUUUUGCCUGGCUGAGUCAGUAUUUCACAAUAUGCUCACCACAACUAACACAAACUGUUAAAAUGUGAGGAGUGUUAUUUUUAUUUUUUUUUUAAUUAUUGUUUAACUUCAUUCUGUUGACUAUAAGUAUACUGCACCUACAUGUCACCAUACUCUCAUUAGUGUGUUAGUAGAGUAUUAGUAGACUAAUAAUAAGUUGACUUGUAGUUACUUACUGUUAGUAAUAUGUGAAGCAUGACAAUAAAGAGCUAUCAGAUAUUAAGCAGACAGUCUACUAAUACUCGACUUGGAGUUGCAAAGUUACAUAUAAUCAACAGAAUAUUCAAAAGGGACCAUCAAAAUAAAAUGUUACUC